GAUCUCAAACACGAUCCAUAACAUUGAGCCCAGCCCUGUUUUCACAUUGGACAUGCCUUUACGGGUCGGAAAAUUUCCUCGAUUUGACUAUUUUACCCACAUUUAUCACGGUAAUAAUACAAAACCAAUGGUGUCCAUUUCUCAAUUGUAGAGGACAAAUACGUCUUCUUAUAGAGGUAGUCCAGAACUUCCUGCUCCGGUCAAGGGUUCCGUCGAUAUUCUCUCUCAAAUUUUCCCGCAAAAAUUCGAGAGAAAAUGGAUGGGAAAAUGGAAAUCUCUCUAGACAAGCUCCCAAUCAAACGCUUGGACGCCAUUGAAGAAAAUGGUGCCGAACGGUUCCCUACUGAUGUAGGUUACGACGACAAGCGGGUGUCACUAAUUCGGCGAAUUGACUUCGCAUGGGCUGUGGAGAAGGACACGAAGAAGCAGAAGAAGGCGUCGAAGGAGGAGGCAACGCCAUGGCCGUGGCAGAGCCUGGUGGAGAAUUUGCGGUUGGCUCAUCAAGAGCUUUCUGUCAUAAUUGAUCUGAUCAGCACUGUUGAAGCUAAUGAUGCAGUAACAGUGGCUAGCAUGACGAGGCCAAAGCCAUUACCCAAUGAAGUUCUUUCUGACCUUGGCGUGUCUGCUGCAACCAAGCUACAAUGCUUCAGGCAUCUUAGUAAAUAUUUCAAGCAGUCCGCCAAAGCUUUGGAACAGCAGAUUGCUAGGGAAGCGAGAUUCUACGGUGCUCUCAUCAGAUUGCAGCAAAACUGGAAAGUUAAGCGGCAACGUGUGGCUGCUUCUGCUCCUGGGAAUGAAGGUUUCUCUAUUGAUCUCUUCAGCAAUUCAUUACAUGAUCCAGUAGCUGUAUUUCGCCCAUCUUCUUUAUCUACAGUUCGUGUUGACCAUGAUUCUGCUGGCAUGCUGGCUGUCCAUUUACCUCCAAAUUCAUGUCGCGCUCUUCAUUUUGGGUUUCUUGGUGGACAUUUGGGUAAUAUUCCAAAGGAGCCUAGUAAAACAAAAACUUAUGGUCCAGAUGAGCUUCCUUCUAAGGAAAUUAAGAAACCUUUGAGUGAUAAUGAGUGUGUUAAAGAAACCCAUUCAGUUCUCCGCGAAGGUCAUCAGGCAAUCUUUGAUGAGCAGGUUUUUGAUUUAGUGAAUCGCGAAGCAUUCAACUCAUCAUCAGGAGUCAAUGUGACUGGAAUACGUGAAAACUAUUUACAACUGAACAUAGGUCAAGGAGCCUCUGUUUUCAUGUCACUUGUGCCAUCUGGACAAGAUGAGAAAACAGCUGAUGGCAUGGGAAUGCAGAAUCUUGAAAGUGCCAUUUUACCCAUGGACACAUUUGAUGGGGUAAAAUUAUCAGAUGGAAAACAUGAUAAUGAUAAAAAGAAGUCAGGGUUUCCCAAUCGCAUUAGUAGUGAAAUAUAUCUGAAGCAACUCUUUCAUGAGCAUGUAUUUGUUAGAGCAAAGGAUAAACACAUUUCUGCUGGCAGGACUCAGCCUUCCAGUCAGCCAGCAAAGGAUGGCUUUGGUCUUCUGGGUCAUUUUUGCAUGUCUUUAGCUCAUAGAAUCUUUUCAAGCAAAGUUCUUAUGGAGUUGGAAAAUCUGGUUUCCAGAGUUCCAUAUCUUCAUUUGUUAUCCCAUCCCACUUGGCAUUCUAGGACAUCUUCAUGGACACUCUUAAUGAAGGUUCCUGAGUCCAGUUUUCAUCCAGGCUGCCAAACCCGGACAUCAGACAUUCACAAUGUUAAGAAUAUUAUCAAGACACAUUUUCGGACUAAGGUGGUGAUAAACGAUGAUUGUAUCAAUGUCGAGGGAGAUGGUGCUCCUAAUGUUGUUGGCCUGUUCAAAGGGAGUUCUGAGGACGUGUGUUCCAUGAACAGAUAUGACUGUGACUUGGCAGAUAUUCCUGUGAUACUUUUGCAGCAGGUUGCAAGUCAAGUUAUCCGCUGGCUUCAUGAGGAAGCUCUUAAGGUGGGAAUAAAGGCAAAUCGGGACUUUUUAUGCUUGUCCUUUGAGAUGGACCAGGGUGAAAUGCUCAGCCUGGUGGCUCAUGUGAACCCAGAUGAUCCCCAAGGAUGCAUUUCUUGGUGGCUGGUAAUGGAUGAUGGGUUCUCAGAGGACCUCAAAUUUCACACAGAUGCCCCUGAUGGUGGGUCUGAAUAUAGGAAAUUCUUGGGUCAUUUGUCUUUGGAAGUUUUGUACUCAACACUGAUGGACUUGGUUAGCUUGUGCAACGGUGGAGGGAGGCAUUGAUUUUGGAUUUUGCUUAUGUUCCUUGCUGCAUCAAAGGAGAAAGCUACAGGUGGGUUUUCUUUAAAUCAACCACAUUAUAUCCAUCAGUGGCAAAAUUUUGUAAUUCUUAAAAGCAAUGCCUUUCUUUUGUCGUUAAUUUGGACUUUGUUUCCCAAUUGACACAUGUAUGUUACCAGUAGCCACAAUGGAUGAAGCCUGAAGAGAACUAACAUCUUGGAGCUUAUAAGAAAUUUUAAUUAAUCAGACUGGUGCUGUAGCAAAAGAGAAAAUGAAUUACUUACCAAA